UACGGCGUCCUCAGCUUGAAAUCCCGCAGCUUGAAAACUCCGCCGCCAACACCUCAGCACCGUGUACGGCCAACAAGUUACUCCGCAGAGCUGUAGCGCCUUCUCUGUACAGGACCUGGCGUCUGAAGCCCUUGUGUCCACAUCCUAGGGCACUGGCGCAUGUUUCUUGCCUUUUGAGACCAUGAAAAGAUAGCACAUGAUGGAUGAGGGUGAGCAGGAUGUGUAUGUAGCCCAGCUGAAGGAGGUGUUUGACAGCUGUGACACCACCGGUACUGGUUACCUGGACAGGGCCGAGUUGCGCGAGCUGUGCCACCGCCUGCAGCUGGACGACCAGGCAGACAACCUCACCAAACAACUGCUUGGCAAGGACCCCAACAACAGGGUUAGUUUUGAUGAGUUUAAGGAGGGGUUUGUUGCUGUUCUGUCUCACUCUGUGGAUGAGCUGGACACUACAGAGGAGGACUUCAGCUUCAUCGAGGACAUUGUACCAGAGGAGGUAGAACCCAAGUACGUCAAGGGGAAGAAAAAAUAUGGCCGCCGUUCCAAACCUGACUUCUUAGACUCGGAAGACGACGUCUCACGCUCAGAAAGUCACCCGACUCCUGCCAAGAAAGUCAGGGAGGAGGGUCGGCGGACAGAGAGGCGCACAACUCUGCGAGAAAGGACGUCUUCUAUGGCCAGUAUUCAGAGCCUCGAGUCUGACGACGGUAAAAAGAAACCACCCUCUACUGGAGACAGUGACAAGGAGCACGAGAGAACAUUUGAGGCUGAGGGGACAGGUCUGCUGAAGACAGGCACCAUGGACGAGGCGUACACCCCAUCCCGAGGGGCGAUGAUGAGCCCCACAGAUGAGGACAGACAGGAGGAGAUCCGGCAGAUCUGGGAGGAGCUGGGGGUGGGGCACAGCGGCUUCCUCAACAAGGCUGAGCUGGACCUGGUCUGUAAACACAUCGGACUGGACGAGAUGAACGAUGAGGAGCUGUCCCACCUGUUCCAGACCCUAGAUAAAGAUGAAGAUGGGAAGAUCAGUUUACAGGAGCUCCUGAAUGGUCUCUUCAAGUAUAGCUCCUCCCCCUCCCCAACCCCCUCCCCCACCAGGGGUCUGAUGGCUGCAGAGAGGCGCAGACUGGCACGGACCAUGUCCAUGGACGAGUCCCUGGCCAGAGUUGCCACACCGCUGGUCGGUAUCAACCUCUUCUCAGCACUGGACUCAGAAGGAACUGGGUAUGUGCAGGCAGAUGAGAUAGUGAAUCUGUGGCAGGAGGAGGGCAUACAGAGUCCCAUGGAGGUGCUGGAGGACCUUGGGUUUGAGCUGGGAGGAAAGGUGAACAUCACUGAGCUGAGUAUGGAGUUAGAACACGAGCUCUACGCCAUCCCUGAGGACAACAAGGUGUACCAUGCUGCCCUCACGUCUUACAGGAGCGAGAUCAGGCAUCUUAAAUCUGACCUUGACCAAGCCUACAAGGAGAGAGACAAGGUGCAGGGUGACCUUGAGGCAGCUAACCUGCGCAUCAACAAGCUGGUACAGGAGGUGGACGAUCGGCAUGCUGGGAUGGAGAGGACCAGUGAGAACAGACUCAGGACCACAGAGAAGAGGUAUGAGGAGAAGAUCGAGCGACUGCAGGCAGAGAUCCAGAAGGAGCGGGAGUUCAUCACCCAGCAGGCUGCCAAACAGAAGGGCAAGUUGGAACAUGAGAUCGACAAUCUGCUGGAGGAGCAGAAACGGCUGCAUGAGAAACUCAGUAUUGCCCACCAGGAGCGGGGAGACCUGGAGAAGGAGCUGCUGGAGAUGACAGAACGUCUGGUGGAGCUGCAGAAACACAACGACAGACUCAGUAAGGACAACGAGGCCUACUCAGAUCUACAGCUCAGGCUUGCAGAUAUUGAAUCUCGUCGUGACUCCCUGAAGAUGCAGCAGGAAGUGGACAUUGUGCAGCACAUCAAGGACCUGGAGGCCAUCAACAGGGAGCUCCGAGACAAAAAUGACGAGCUGGUUUUAGAGAUUGAGGAACUACGCAGUCAGCUGACAGGUAGACACGUCCGUCGUCGUGGGAACAAGGACAAGGUGGGGCGCACAGGCUCCAUCCUGUCUGACUACCAGAAACCCACAGUGGUGAGGAGGAGAGGAAAACACACCACAUCCUCAGAUAAUGAGUCUGAGACUGAUGAAGGUCCAUCAGGAAGAACAAAGCGGCGACUUCCAACUCCCAAGAGGGACACUGGCUCAUCACAGGAGGAUGACGGUUCUCGACUUUCCGCCUCUCCCAACCAGCUCACACCAGUUCACUCCCCCUCCCGCGUUCUCCAUGCUGAAAAUGUGUCUGAGUUGCGUGACCAGUUUGACCGUGAGCGGAGAGAGAUCGAGCAGGCGUACAAAAUGGAGAUAGCAGAGCUGGAGGAGAAGAAGGCGGAGCUGGAGAAAGGCCUUGUGGAGCUCCAGGAAAAACACGAGAGUGAGAAAAACGAAAUGGAGCAGAAAUUUGCGCUCGAUAAGGCCGGUCUUCGCGACCGCUUAGAGGCUGAGUUCAAGGAGGACCUGGAGAUCCGGAUUGCAGAGACCCGGACUCAGCUUCUCAAGGAGAAGGAUAUGGGUGCAUCAGAGCUGAUGACCCAACACGCCUCAGAACUACAGACCAAGCUGGAGGACCAGCGCAGAGACCUGGAGCAGAAGUUUGACAAGGAGAAAUCAAACAUGGAACAGAAACACCACCUGGAGGUCAACGCCCUGCAGGCCGGCUUCGACAAGGAGGUGAAUGAGCUGAUCAACAGUCAUCGCAAGGAGAUGGAACAGCUGGAGAACAAACACAGGAAAGAGAAGGAAGCUAUGGAAGAAGCCAAGGGCUGAGCUGUGCCAGACGUACACCCAGGAGAGGAAUCAGAUGGAGCAGCAGUUCCAGACGGAGCUGGAGGCUCUCCAGAAGCAGCACCAGAAGGAGCAGGAGGCCAUGAGGAAGAACUUUGAGCUGGAGAAGGUGCAGCUGGAGAAGUCUGUGUCCUCAGACACCAGGGAAAAGGUUGAAGCAGAGUUUGCUAAACAGAUGGAACGACUGACAAAGGGAUUUGAGGAAGAAAGGGAAAAGUUUGCCAGCGAGCAAGACAAACUGGCCAAGAGGUCCAGGCAGCUUGAGCAGCAAGUUGGAGACAAGCAAAGAGAACAGGAAAAAGAGAAAGAGGGAGGGAAGCAGCUGAAAAGCAAAGUUGAUGACUUGAACAAACAAGUAGCAUCUCUGAAGAAAGAGAAAGAGAAGGCUGAGGCAGAAUUCAGGAAAGAGAAGGAAAAGCUGACUAGAGGCUUUGAGGACGAACGAAAAAAGUUGAAUCAGGAAAGAGAGAAGAUUGAAAAGCGAAUGACCAAAGAGAAGGAUGACCUGCAGAAAAGAGUGGCCAAGUUAGAAGACCAGCUGGACAGCAAGGAGCAAGAGAAGGAGAGAGAGAAGCAUGAAGGAAAGCAGCAGAAGACUAAAGUUGAAGAACUCAAGAGUGCGACGUCAGCUCUUCAACAGCAGCUCAACAGCCUACAGAGAGAGAAGGAUCGGGCUGAGGCAGAACACAAUCGGGAGGUAGACCAGCUGCAGAAAACGUUUGAUCGUGAGCGAGAGGAGCUGGCCAACAAGACGGCUACGCUGGAAGGCCUCCUGAAAAAUAAAGACUCUGACCUGGAAGAAGCAUGGCAAUACCGUAAACGUGCUGAGGAAACAGAGGCCAUCAAUUCCAACCUGCAGCGCGAGAAACAGAGGAUGGAGACAGAGUUGCAGGGUGAAAUCGAUCUUGUGAAAAAAUCCUCUGAGAGACAGCAGGACGAUCUGCAGUACCAGAUACAGCAGCUAGAGGGACAAUUGCAACGGAAAGAACAAGAGAAGGAGGAUGAGAAGGAGUACAGACAGAAGGAGCUACAGAGAGAGAAAGAGAGGGUCGAGGCUCAUUUCACCCAGCAGAUGGAACGGCUCAAACGUGCGUUUGAUGAGGAGCGCCAAGCCUUUGCAAACCAGAAGGGCACCCUCGAGCGCCAAGUCGCAGAGAAAGAACGGGAGAAGGAGGCUGAGAAACAGUUCCGCAAUCGUGUCCAGGAACUGAAUGCGCAAAACACAGGCCUGCAGAGGGACAACCAGAGGCUGGAGAUAACGCUGGUUGAUCUGCGCUCGGAGCUGGAGGCCGCUCGGCGUGAGAAGGAGGAGAUGCUGGUGAUGGUGAAACAGGAGCAGGAGGAGGCCAUGGCUGCCAUCAACAACCUGGACAAGGCAAAACUCAACCUGCUGGAAGAGCAAAAGGAGACGCUCAACAAGGAGCUUCAGGAGGUUAAAGACAAGCUGCUGAAGGCCAAUGCUGAGUUGAUGGUCGGCAAGUCUCAGCAGGACCGAGAGCUGAAGCACGUCCACGAGCAGCACGACAUGGAACUGGAGAAGGUUCGCUCCGAGUCCCAGGGCAAGGUCGCGCCCGAGGAGCUGAACAACGCCAGGCUGCAAGUGAUUGAGAAGGAGCGGCGGUGUCGUGAGCUGGAAGUGGCGCUGGAGCAGCGUUCUACGGAGACCAACAAACUGCUGAUGACCGCCCAGCAGGGCCACGAGAAGACAGUGUCCAAACUGAAACAGGACAAGGAAGAGCUGGACAACAAGCUGGCCAAAAUGCACACUGUCUUAAAUGAACAAACUAACAAACUCAAGGAACAGUUGUCGAAGACCUGUCGGUCUGACCUGUUGGUGAAGGACUUGUACGUGGAGAAUGCUCAGCUCAUGAAGGCCCUGCAGGUCACAGAGCAGCGCCAGAAGGAGGCCGAGCGCAGCAGCCAUCUACUCGCGGAGAAAAACCUCUCUCUGGUCAGGGUCCUUAGGAAGGUCUGCCCUGCUGUCAUAUAGCUGGUGCCUGUUGAAAAUGUAACCUUGACCUUGUAGGUGUCCUCAGGAAGCUCUACGUUUGAGGCCUGUUCACUGCUUAUUCUUGUACAGUAUUCUUGCAAAAUUGUAUAUUAGAUUAUUUUACUUUCAUGCAGUUUAGUGUACAAAGCAAACUUAUUAGUUUGUGUAAAAAUUUUGCACAUUUUAUUCUAUUUUAACACUUUUAGUAAUAAAGUAUCUAGCACAAAAAGGGUCAACAUUUAACCAUAUUUUUAGAAUAAAUUUUUAUUGUUCAGAAUCAUGAUUUUGAGUUCAUGAAGCCUUCUCGCCUUGGCACAGGAAUCUAGCUAGAUUAGAAAUUACCCAGUCACUUGCCCGUCCUUCAGUUCUUGCCUAAUGUAGGGAAGAAGUGCAAUUGCCCCCUAUGUAGUACUUCUCUGGUGCCUUGUAGCAUUCUGUACAUGAAAAUUGUAAAUAUGUUUUUAAAGUAUUUACCCUGUAUAUAGAUUUGUGUGUACACAGUCUUAAAUGUACUUGUAUAUCGGUUUUGUUACAAGAAGUUGACUUUUCCUGGGCUACUCAGAAAUUUUUGUAAUCAAUUAGGAAUUUACCAGGAAGAACAGCAGCUCUAUUUUAUAGUCUGUCAAAUUCCAGUAACCCUUAUUUUAUGGAGGUGUUUCUUCUCAUGAAUCAAUGAAGUUGAAUAAAGAAAAAAUAAUGUUGCAAACAGGCCUAGGUAAUGAAUGACACUUUGUAAAACAGGUACAUAAGGGUUUUAAAGUUAUUCUGGGAACAGUACAUGUUAGAGAUAUUAAACUGGUGAGAUUGGUAGACAUCGGGACAUUCCAUUUCUGUGUGUUUCUAUUCAUCUUGCUUUGGGAAUAAAUUCUAUUUUGGUGUA